AUGGCCUUGCAGGAUGAGGACGUGCUACAGACCUUCUUAGCGGCGAAGGAGGAGAACCUUGUGUCGUUCCUGCGCACAUUCGUCGAGCUAUCGGCGGCGGAGCGCGCGGCGCUCUCAAUGGAAGGACCGCAGAGCGCUGAUAUCGAUGAAAAGGAGUUCGCGGCGGCAGUAGAGACGUUUCGUGAUGUGGACGCCGUGCCUCACGCAACGGGUGACGUGGUGCUGGAGGAGGUGGAGCUCGACGAGUCCGUGGCGGUCAGGACGUGCGCAAUGACGGCGUUUCUUACCCGCGGUAUGGUGGACAUCGUGCCGACGUAUGGCAACUUCAUUGGCGUGGACGAAUCUGAGGAAGGUGGGGAAGGGGAGGAUGUUGGUGAGCUGGCAAGGCAGCGACAAGCAGCGGAAGUAGCGACGACCACAGGUGAUAGAGAAAUUUCGUCAGAGCGCGACGGGGUUAUGGGGUCUCCGGCCACUGGGAAGGGCAAAUCCCUCCAUCUUCCUCUUGCUACUGCUGCCGCUGCUUCUGCUUCUGCUUCUGGAGCUGUGGAGUCGGUUUUCGAUAAAACACGGGAUGGGUGCGAUGACAGCGUUAGCGAUGGUGCGAUUGAGUUGCCAGGGCUCGCGGUGAAUGACGUUUCACCGGGGUCGGGCGCUCCGCCUGGGGUUCGGAACGGCGUGUUUCUCUCCGCGACAGAGGUGAAUAUGCUGCUGGAGGGCGGGGAUGACGAGGUGCAGCCGUUCGUGAUAGACCCGUACUUUGACUACGACGCGGACCCCGUUGGCAGGGCGGCGAGGCUGCACCCCCGGCGGCGGGUUUAA